AUGAGCGCGACCGACGUCAAUUCCAAGCUUCGAACCAGCCUGGUUUCCGAGGACAACGCCAACCUCACGGCGAAGGAGCUGCCGUUGACCGACAUCGCGGUGCUGCCGCCGCCGUUUGAGCCUGGCCACACCCCGCUCUUGCCCUCGGACGUCCUGCUGGAGCUUCUGGAGAUCGCCGCCGACUCCGAGGCGGAAACCGACAAAAUGGACUUUUUCGCCAACACGUCCACCUCCACCGAACCGGGCAGGACCGAGACCGACCUUCAGGUGCUUUCCAAGAUCAGCGUCCUCCCAACCAUGGACGAACACAACCUGGACGUCGAGGAGUUCAUGGCCGCCCCGACCAAGCGCCACCUCGACGCCCCUGACGACGAUGACAGCCCGCCUCCGGCUAAACGACCGCGCUCGCCUCUGCCUCAGGCCAAUGGCCGGGCACCAGCACCGCCUCUGCCGCCUAAGCGCGAAGAUGACGAAGGCGACGAUGAAGAAGAGGAAGAGGAGGAAGACGAUGGCAACGUCGCCGAUGCCGGCGAAGACGGUGACGAGGGCGGUGACCCAUCGCCAUUGGCUCUGGUGUCGCCCGAUAUCACCCACCAAGAGGCCGAUGACGAAGACAACGAAGACGGCGAUAACGAAGACAAUGACGUUGCCGACGAUGACGACGAUACCAGCGUCGACCUCAAUCACCAGCGGAAGCUCGCCAUUGUCGACUUGAUUGCCAUUGAGGAACAGUUUGCCGAGCUUCGGGAUAAGCUCUACCGCGACAAGUUGCUGUUACUAGAGCGAGAGCUCCAGCUCUGCCUCGAAGGGCUGCACCCGGAGCUUCUGAAAAUCUACUUCAAGAUCAACCGGUUCUACCAGGACAACGUCAAGCUUGCCAACCAGAAUCUACUGUACCGGUUACGGUGUAUCGACCGCGAGACGGUGGCGACGCGAACGCUGAUCCACCAGAACUUCUUGCGCCAAGUGAUGGAGGCGAAAAACACUCGCGUCACCGAGACCACCCUGUUGUGGUAUAAGAUCAACAAGGAGCGCAAUCUGUUGGACCAAUUGGUGGAAAACUUCAACUACACCGCGCUCCCCCUGCCAUCCCCGGCCGGACCCGGGGUCGACGACGCUGACGUGCCGCCAGCCACCAAACGGGGGUUGAAGCAGGCGCAGGUAGCGCGCCUCGUCCACCAGCGCAACGUGCUUAACCACCAGCUCGGCGUGCUCAACGGCUUGGUCGAGUUCUCCGGGUUCCCCGUCGCGGUGCUGGACACAGCGGGAGACCGCGUCCCCCCUGAGCUCUUGUUGCGCCAGGCGUCGCCCGAUGAAAUCAAUGACGAUUUACGAGACAUGGGGAUCAUAUAA